AUGAACGGACACCAUCGAUCAGAGUCGGACGAUCACCCCUACGCUCCUCGCUCGACACUUUUUUCCAGAGAGUGGGACUUGUCGACCGAUGAACACUAUCCCUCCAUCACCAAUGCCGAGCUCAGAAAACGCUUGAAUGCUCUGCAUGAGCUUUGCAGCUUCUUACCCGAACAUCCUUACAACAUCGAUCUGUACUUGCGCAUCGCAAAGGCUUAUGUCGAGGUUGGAUACCCCGAUCUUGCCAUCGGCUCGGCAUACAAGGCUCUGUUGCUCAUUGAUGCAAUCAACAACGAGGACGAGUUUUGCGACGAGGCUAUUGAGUCUUUGGCUUUGAGCAUCUCGAAAGAGUCAUUGGAAUACAGACACCAGAACAUCCUCGAGAAUGCCGAGAUCUUGGCCCAUCUCUAUCCCGAGUUCAUGCUGAGGAACAAGGACCAGCUCGUAGAUGUCGAUGUGUCAGACAUUGAGGUUUUGGUUUGGACCAAGGGACGUUUCUCUUUCCAAGUAUAUGCAUUGCUUGCCCAGUGCCUUCAUGUAAUUGGGUGUCAAAGAAGUGCCGCCGAAUAUUGUUUCAAGGCCCAGGAUCUCUUUGGAGAGGAUCCGACCAUCGAAGCGACUUUGGACGUCAUUCACGCUGCAAUCGAUGACUGGCUGCGCGAAACGCAGCCCGACGAAUACAACAAGCCAGGCUUUAAGUUUGGGCUCGAUCAGUUUCCUGACGAAGGCAUGGUGCGUAGAGAGUGCUAUCCUUGGAAUGAACAUGAACCCGAUCGCUGCUCGGACGAGAGCUUGGAAUUCCUGAAUGCCGAAAUGGAAAAGGUUGCUCCGAGACUCGAGGUUAAGGCUACCAAGCUGCCUCUCUUGACUGAGAGUGAUGGUGUGGAAAAGUUCGUUACACAACUUGGUGUUUUCGCCAAGGAGGAUAUUGCACCCGGCGAGAUCGCACUCUCGGAGACUUCGCUCCUUACAGCAAACAACCGUCUGCAGGACGCCCUGUGCGACGCUUGCAGUGCUGAUCUCCCUGAGCUCAGCGAUCCCGCUUCAGCAUAUGUUGUGCAAUGCCCUGACUGUGAGGUCGUCUUCUGCAGUCAAAAGUGCAGCGACCUUGCUGAAGACGAGUAUCAUCCUGCUGUCUGUGACCGUGGUGUCGAAGACAUUGCGAAGGAUGUUCCACCAGCUGAGGCUGCCAAUGCUCUUUACUCUCUGCUACUGCUUAGAUCUUUGGCAAUGGCAGAGACACAAGAGAUCCAUCCACUGGACAUCAAGUACGUCAAAUUUAUCUGGGGUGACUAUCACACUCUCGACUUGUCCAAGCACUGGCGCCCACACGACCGUCACAGCACUGAGUCGCCAUUCCCGCGUACUCUGCCUUUCAGCUUCCAGGCCAAUGUUGUGCUGCCAUUUAACAUGCUCGAGAAGAUGGACGUCGAUAUUUUCAAGAACCCUCAAUACGACGUCUGGGUCUUCAACACCCUCUACGCCAAGUUUCGCGGUACAGCAUCAGCUCGUUUGAGCGGUUCUGGCGGCGGCGUCGCUCGCGGACCCGAGGUCAGCGCGGUACACCCCAUGUGGUGCCUGGCAAAUCACAGCUGCAACCCCAACGUCACCUGGCGCUGGGCAAGCGACGUCCGCUUCCGCGUCCUAGAAGAGCGACCAACAUGGCACGGAAGCGAGUCCCGUGGCGGCAUCAAAUCCAAGCCCGGUCUCAAGAAGGGCGAAGAGGUCCUCAGCCAUUAUUGCGACAUUGAACUUCCGGUCAAAGAUCGUCGCGAGUGGGCUGCAGGCGCACUCGGGGGCAAUUGCUGUUGUGAGCGAUGUCUCUGGGAGGCGUGCUUUGAAGAUAUGAAGCAAAUCACCCGCGAGGCUGACAAGGCUCGCGGAUAG